AUGCUCGUGGCAUCGUGGGUCAUUUUUGUUGGUUUCUCUCAGGGCUGUGGAUCAGCUACAAGUAUGACAGCCUUGAUUGUGUGUCGGGCUUUCCAGGGUAUGGGAGCAUCUGGAUUGUACAGCUUAACACAGAUCGGCCUGGUUGAGGUCGGACCUUCGCAUAGCCCCAGUCUGAUAGGAGCUUUGAUUGGGGCUACACUUGCAGUUGCUUUCGUACUCGGUCCUAUCAUCGGCGGUGCAGUGUCUCAGCUUUCGGACUGGAGAUGGCUAUUCAACAUGAACAUCCCUUUCGGUCUAAUCGCAAUCCUCACAAUCACGAAUCUCUGGCCAGACGAAGAAGUGGCUCACUUCUUCUCAUGGAGAGCCUUUGUCAGCAUAGACUUUAUCGGCAGCGCGACUCUUCUUACUAGCUCCGGCUUCCUUGUAUUCGCUAUUCAGCAGGCUGGCUCAGAGACAUUUGCCUGGGGAAGUCCAGAAAUCAUCUCAGCCCUGUCUGUAUCGGUUGUCAGCUGCUUUGCAUUCAUGUGGUGGGAAGUGUACUUGGAAACUAAGCCAAUGCGCAACAUCGAGCCCAUCUUUCCCAUUCGACUGAUGUUGCGCCGAGUCUAUUCUGCUGGACUACUCGUCACUUUGUUCACAGGAUUUCCUUACAUCUCGCUCUCUAUUGUCAUUCCCGAACGAUUUCAAAUCGUCAGUCGCGAAGAGGUGCUAAUGGCAGGUGUCCAUAUCCUUCCUAUGUUGGGAGCCUGUGCUAUUGGCUCAUUCCUUGGGGGGGCUCUAUCAAGCCGACGGAAUAACACUUCAUUAACACUUGUCGGUGCAUCGUGCCUUCAACUUCUUGGGGUUGGACUCAUGUCGAUGCUGACCGAACCCGACUCUCACACCAAAGCCCAAUACGUCUUUCAAGCAAUCUUUGGACUUGGUGUAGGUCUUUCUUUCUCAGCGGCGACUAUAAUGACGAGUAUACUUGCCGCCGAGCGGAGUGAGCUCGCUUCUGCCCAAGGUGCCGUAGCACAAGCCCGCGUCUUGGGAGGUUGCAUCGGACUUUCAAGCUGCACUGUCAUUUUCAACUCUCACGUCAAUCAGUACCUCAAGAGUCAAUUGACACAUGCGCAGCUUGAUAGUCUUCAUAGAUCGCCACUGACUAGUCUGCAACUUUCAGGAAACUUACAGGACUUGGUAGAGGAUGUCUACGCUGGUGCAUUCGCUGAAGAAAUCCGAGUAAUGAUGCUUGUUUGCUCAGUCAUGGUGAUCAUAUCACUAUUCUCUUUAGAGCGGAAUCCUGCGCCACUGGAAAGACUAACAGCAUUUCCCAAGGAUGACUUCUCUUUCAGGCGAGGCAGCGAAUCUGCCACGGAGAUGACUGACGUGUCAAGCAUCCGUCGCUCUGUCUGA